GAGCGCGAAGUUGCGGAGCGGUCCAUUCUGAUCAAAAACAUGCUGGAGGAUCUGGGUGAUUCUGGCGAGGCUAUUCCUAUUCCCAAUGUCAACGAGUCUGUCCUGAAGAAGGUCAUCGAAUGGUGUACUCACCACAAGAACGACCCUCCCAGCACCGGUGACGAGGACGACUCCCGCCGCAAGACGACGGAUAUCGAUGAGUGGGACCAGAAGUUCAUGCAGGUUGACCAGGAGAUGCUUUUCGAGAUCAUCCUGGCUGCCAACUACCUCGAUAUCAAAGCUCUUCUCGACGUCGGCUGCAAGACAGUUGCCAAUAUGAUCAAGGGCAAGUCCCCCGAAGAGAUUCGCAAGACCUUCAACAUCCAGAAUGACUUCACUCCCGAGGAGGAGGACCAGAUUCGUCGCGAGAACGAGUGGGCUGAGGAGUAA